UCUAGAGGAUGACGGCGGUGUGUUGUACCAGAUUGGACGUUACCGUGUCCUAGUGGGAGUCUCACCGGGCUAACCGUCUGCAGCCUACGGUGGCCACCCCCAUGCCCUACCGAGGAAGCCUCGCCCACCUUCCGGAGUAAGCGGCGAAGGAGUAUUUCCCAUCAAUGGACGGGCUGCAUCUAAAUGCAUUGACGUCGCUGUUGGCCAUUUUGGCUGUACAUAGAGGACAAUGUGACCCGUUGUUUGUGAACAGCGAGGUGAAUGCUGUCGUAGGGGAGGAGGUCACCCUGCCCGUCACCGUGGCUAACGACGAGAGAAUCCUCAGCCUCGUCUGGAGGAAGGUGGAGGGCGCGCAAAGAGUCAUGGUCUACUCCUACAUUCCCGCCGAGGACUACCGGGCAUCGCUGGGGCCCCUGGAGGGGCGGGCGGAGCUUGUGGGCUUGUCUCUGAAGAUUGACAAGUCACAGAGGGGAGACGCCGGUUUGUACGUCAUCGAGGCUACACUGGUACAAUCCGGACCACAGGAAGCAAACAUCAACUUGAAUAUAUUAGUGCCUCCUACAGUUACGGUAGGUCCGAGGAACCCGUAUGUAGUAAGAUGGCGGACCAACGUCAGUGUCAGCUGUUCAGUCGGAGAUCCGGUCCCAAAGGUCAAAGGAUUGUCAUGGCGAAAGGACGGGAAGGUCAUAGAUGUAUCACGUGCAAAGUACGGACAUGGGGACGUCGAGUCACCGUCCCUUCAAAUCAGAAACGUCAGUAAAACUGACUGGGGGACCUACACAUGUGUGGCGGACCACAAGACUGGUAUCAGCUCUGACAGUUUGGAACUACAAGUAGAAUACCCAGCAAUCAUCACAGAGAUCACAAAGUCCCUCACAGCGAACGCAGGAGACAGGGUCCUGUUGGAGUGUCGCGCCGAGGGGAACCCCGAGCCGACCGUGAUGUGGUCUCGGGCAGGGUCGCGUGUCCUCCCGGGGACCCAGGCCUUCAGCGACGGUCUGAGCACGCUGACUCUCGGGAACGUGAAGAAGAACGACAGCGGAGUCUACACGUGUGUAGCCAGUAAUAACAUUGGGGAAAGUCACACCAGAUCAGUCAGACUAAGAGUAGAAGGUUCAGAGACGAACAGUUUGACGUUGACAGCCAUCAUAGCCGGCGCAUGCGCGGGAGGGGCUUGGAUCAUCCUCUGUCUUGUGCUGCUAAUCCUCUGGAUAAGAAGAAGAAGACGAAGGCGAAAUGACGCAGCAUACUACUCCGUGGGGUCCAGAGAGUUCCAGUUUCUGGCCAGCCGGAGACUGGCGGAACUGCAGGCGACAAAACCCAUGCCGCCGCCCGCAGCCCCUCCCAAGAGAUCCUUAAUGACAGCCGGAACAACCCUUGAAUCCUCUCCCCGCCGUCAUGACCCGUCCAAGCCAACAUGCGAGACUCUGGAUAAAAGCCGCAUGCGCGCAGCGGAAGGAGGAAGACGGCUCGCCCGCGUCAUCUACAGCUACCAUCCGCAGGAGGAGGACGAGCUGGAGCUGAAAGUAGACGACAUCCUGGAGGUGGUCAAGGGAGACGACUCCGGGGGCUGGUGGUACGGGCGUCUGGGCAGCAAGCUGGGGCUGUUCCCCUCCAACUACGUGGAGAUGAUGACAACAGCAAGUGGUCUUGCCAAGCCCAGUGCACCGAGAGGACCAAACGGAAGAGGGGAGAAACCGUCACCAGGGGCAAAGGCAGGGAGGCUUGAGGAGCUGGUAGAAGAUCCCCUCCACGUGUCCACCCCAGAGAAGCGCGGAGGGGGACAAAACAUGAGUUGGUGAAGAGGACCUAUUAAGCACAAGGACCAAUGUCAUAGAGCGCACUGAUACCGAAAAGCGGUGAUCAGGUCUCCCCAUCUUGGCAAGCAAUUUCUCGUCAUCGAUGCUUUAUUUUAGACGACUAUUUUAGAUGAAUAUUUUAACUUGAUGAGUCAUGUGGGCCUUUCUGAUUGGGAAAGCCCCUGUGAAAAAUAGAAAUCCCAUUUCGGUUUGAUUUAGUGAAUUUGACUGCCUAAGGACACCCCCCCUCCCAAGACCUUAACCGAAACAAGUUAGUGUUUCUUGGUUCGUAACAUUAUGGGUCAUAAUCGUCUUUGACGGUUCUGUACUUAAAGUAUACAUCUACUUCAUCUCCCAUUUUUCAACCACAUUUCAAUGCCAAAUACAUACCUCAAUUGGCCAUAACAUAUUAAACGUACGUAGGAACGCGAAAGAUUAUGAAAUGAAACCGGUAUCCAUAACCUGUUGUGAUAUAUUUCUAUUUAUGAUAUGAUAUUUCCCUUCUUUUAUGCCUACAAUAUAUAGAAAUGUUUAUUGUGUCGUUAUCGAAGUGAGUAAACAUGUAAUGUGUGUACAGAAUAUGUUUGAUUUAACAUCUAUUAAUAUCUUGUUUUUGGAAACCAAAGAAAAUAUUUGAUGCCAUAGAUCAAGAACUACACAGGAAACUUAAAUAUGACGUAAACAUGCCGUUUGUACUUUCUGCUUUCAAAUCAUCACGAAGAUUAAACAUGAAGGAAGAUUGCUUCCGGGUCAGAAAGAUGGCUUCCGGGUCAACAGGAAGUGCGUGUUUUGAGGGACUGAUGACAUGAUGUGUUUAAAUCUUUCUGAUCUUUCUUUCUGUUGACAAAGUGUCGUGACAAAUAUUGUUUUUGUCAUACUUUUAAUUUCAGCAGUAUGCGAGUCGUAAUUGUCGUAUUGUUUGUCAAUGC